UAGGGAUUACGUUGAUUCAGCAGAUUGUCCUGUGCAUGUCUGAGAAAGAUUACACCAGCAGAGUUAAGAAUACCCGUUUGCUGUGGCAGUUCGAUGGAUUUUUUCUGGUGCCUGAUGAUUUUCUGUGCUCAGAUCAGUAAUGAGCUUCAGACACUGAAGAGCAAAGCAUAUCUGUGAACCAGAUCAAGAGGACGCCUUUGGGUGGGGACCUUGCUGUUACAGCCCAGUAUCACAGGGAACUGCCAUUUCAGAUUUUCUUGUAUGGACAGGACACUUAAAAAGCUAGAGAAGCUACCUGAGGUCCCAUGAACACCAGAAUCACCUACUUAUAAAGUGCUGUUGCCUCUGAUCAAGAACAAAAAUUGUUGUUGGAAUAAUAUGCGAACAGAUCAUGAAGAACUCUGUGGCACCAGUUAUGGAUCUUUUUGUCUAAAUGGAGGGAUUUGUUAUAUGAUUCCUACUGUAUCCAGUCCAUUCUGCAGGUGUAUUGAGAAUUACACAGGAGCUCGUUGUGAGGAAGUUUUACUGCCCAGCAUCAAGUCCCAAACAAAAGGUGACCUGUUCGCAGCUUUCUUGGCUUCCCUUCUUCUUCUAGGAGUUCUUGUAAUUGGAGCAUUCUACUUCCUUUGCAGGAAAGUUUCCAUUCCAAGGACAAGUUCUUCAGAGUGUGGUGCCAACCUAGUUGAAACUACAAGCAGCAAUGGCUGCAACAAAAUAACAACAGCAUAAAGCAUUAGAGUGGAAGAAUGGUGGGGAAACAACAUGCAGAGCAACCCUAAGAAUCUCAGUUGUAGAGGUGACAUGGUAAGCAAGAUGAGAGAAGAAAGUUGACUGAAAUAGGAGGCUAACAUGUUGGAGAAGACUACAUCUAAGACACAAACCGUUCCACUUAAUGGACUUCCUAUGUAUUUUUAAAGAUGUAUCAAUUAUACAGGAAUCACUAUAAUUUAUGUUUGAAUUCUGUAAGAUUUUUUAUGGUUUUCAAUAACGCACAGGUAGAUGCAUGAGAUAAUUUUGGGUUUUACUACAUGGGAAAUAUAUAAAAUGCAAUAUUUUUUUUUCACUGCACAGAGAAUAUGAGAUACCACGGGGUUUUAGCAUGAGGUGAUACUAUGAACUUUUGAUAAGGGAUUUUCAUUUUUCACAGGAUUUCCCCAGACGAGCUGAAGACAGUCUUGAUUCAAUAGUUUCAAAAUUGAUAUUUGUGAUACAUGUCCAGACUUUGGCUUGUUUCAGAUACCCUUACCAGAUGUAGGGGAAAAAACCCCUACCUUUCUCCCAGCUAAUACUUACUUUUUUUUUUUUUUAAUUGUAAGACAACAUCAGCAUGAGGUACCACUGGUAGUUUAUUGACCAGCUUCCAGGCACACAAUUUUAAUUCAAAUAAAAGGGAAAUAUUAAGAAAAGAGAUUGAUAAUGGUUAAAAAAGUUUUUUAGGCAGAGUUUGGUGUACAUUCUUAAUAUUAAGCAAGACAUCCUCCUUGAUAGUUUUUAAUUUUGUCUGGCUUUCUUCUAAAAAUCUCACUACUGAGGGAAAUUUAAACCUUACCUUAAAUGUUCCAGUUGAUAUUUCAGAUAGCAAAAGUCAGGAAUUUUGUUCAUCAGGUCAAUUUCUGACACAAAAUACUAUCCAGACAGGUGUCUUGGCUGAAAAAAUGCUGCCCUCUCCAAAGAUUUGUUUCUUUUAUUCACAUAAGCAUCUGUUGAUCACACUAAUAUAUGAUACACCAUACUUCGGUCCCUUACAGGAUUCUCUUACUCAGACAAAGAGAGGCCACCUGCCAUGGUCCAUGUCUUUUUUUUUGCCUUCACAACACAAAGAGAAUGUCUGGUUAGUCAGAGGCAUAGAAAAUGUGAACCGAACAAUUUUCUUUUCAACUUACUUCUAGCACUGGAGGCUGAAAUCAGCAAAAAUCAGAUACGUUACCAUAACGGCACAUUACCAAGCAGGUCAUUAUAUGGGAUUUAUAAGGUGGUAUUGAAGGGAAGAUUAGCUGAGAAAACUUCAUGAAUUGAAAGGAGAGGAAAUGCAAACAGAGCUUUCUUAUCUCUGAAAUAAACAAUCUGGAGAUGUGUAAUAACAUAGGUGCACCGAAAAUGUUGAAUAAGCUCCUAUACUAGGAUGUCUACUACAUGCUCUAGUGUCAGAAAAAGCAGUGUGUACUUUGUAUCAAUGUAGACAAAAGCACAGUGGGACAGAGAAGAAAAGGCACGUCGCUACAGUGUAUAAGGUGAGAAGUCAAAGAGAAAUCAUGUUACAAUGGCUACUAGAACACAAACCAGAAAAAUUCAUUACCUUCUGAAAACUCCUGUCAGAGAGGUCAGAGUCCAAGUUAGUAUUCAGCAUGUGAAAAAAGAAUCUGAGAGCACCAAAUCAGGUAGAGGACCUGAUCCAGAGAUUAAGUUAUAUAAAGCACUAGAAGACCACUUUCUCCCCAGAUUAACCAAUCUUACAAGUUAUUUUUCUGGACUUCAAAUCUUUAGCAGAUAAGCUGAAGGAAGCUGAUAAUAUUGUUUUAAAGGCUAGGAAUGAUAAAAGUUAUUUUUCAUCACAUAGGGACAUGCCACUGUUGUACAGAGAGUUCAGGAGAUGUGUAGCAGUACUGACAGCUACAUCAGAAUCAGCGUUACCUGAAGUACUUCGCACAGCCUCAGUGAAAAUUAAUCAGAGAUGACAGUUGUUAUAUCACUUUGCUGUGUUAUUGAUCAUGAGACAGUCAGACUUACAGUUUGGUAUACUGUCUCCACUGAAGAAGGAAAAGGCUUGUGGUCAUCUUCAGUGGCAAUUCAGGGAGGAGCUACUAAUAGAAGAUAUAAGAAAUAAAUGGAUUUAAGUUAUUCUUUAAAAACUCUUAGAAUCCUCUCAGCUUUCUAGACAGACAUGGAAAAAUUAUUCAUUGUUACUGAGCUUGUUUGCAUUAUUUGGGAAACAAUCGGUGCAAAAAGUGGGGCUGAAUAAACUAACCCCAUGUUUAAAUGCAAACAAGCUGAUUUAUGAAACAGUGUUAUCUGUGAAAGAAAUGCCAUCAGCAAUUCAGACCGCCUCAAACCCAUUGCAUCUGGGAACAUUUCGUGUUUUAAAAUAAUUUCAGUUCACAAACUUUGUGACUAUGAUGUUCAAAUCAAAAUGAGAUCAGGCUACAAAUUCAUUUUAAAGUGGUCAAAUGCCACAGAAAGUACAGGAUAGUCAACAUUAUAUAUAAUUUAAUAAAAUAGCGCAACACUCUUCAGCAAUGAUUCCUUACAAAAUUAAUUAAGUAGUCCUGUGAGCAAUAAAGUUAAGGAAACUCCAGUUCCAAUGGAUCAGAUCUUGUGGUUGGUGUCACUGGAGUCUUAAAAAUUAUUACAUGUUUAUGAAAGGGUGAGUAAUAAGGGCUCUCUCCUGUCUGACUCCCAUUUUCAUGAAACAGAAGACCUCAUGUCUUUGAAACUACCUCUCCACCAGCUGAAAGGUUAUGUAGGGAAGAAACUGGAAAAGACAAAUUUCCUAAGAAACUCCAUUACUAUGAUUACACAACAAUCUAUUAUAGUGUUACGGAAAAAAUUCUUUUAUACCUGGGGAUCAUGUUAUCCUGCCAGAACCUUGUAGUAAAAGUCUCUUCAUAAUGUAUUGCAAAAACCUUUUGAUCACUUCAAGAACUGACAGCAAUUAGCAGGAAAUCUCUUCAUAGACCUAAGUAGGAGGUUGCUUAUAUGUUACUCAAUAUGUAAUUGUUUUUCAUUAGCAGCCCAAACAAACACUGGAACAAAGUACAGUUAAAGAAGAAAGUCAAAUGGCUUUUCAAAGAAAAUGAGGAUUUCUCUGUGCUACACAGUCUUUUGAUUUAUAAUGUUAAAUAUUAAGCAGAAAAACCAACAGAAGUCUAUUUGGUAGCACUCCCCAUUUUCAAGAUAAUUUCAGUGUUGUGCAACCUGUUCAAAAUUUACUACACUAAAAGAAAACAUUUUCCUUCUGGCCCUGAAUUUUUGAAGAGCUGUAGAGACACUCUGUGUAACGCAGUUUUUUGAAAAUGGAAAGCCAAGAAGAAAAGUGGGAUAGAACUUCUCACAACAGAAAUGGUCAUUAUUCUGUGUAACAUUAUCUGCUUGUGCUUACUCAAGUCUGUUCUUGCUUUCCUGGUGACUGUAGCCUGUUCAACAUAAUCUGUAUGUAAGGCAAGAGAUCCAUUUCAUGAUAGCAGAGUAGGCAAUACAAACUGUGGAAAACCAAUAGUCAUGUUGCUGCUCAGUUUCAUCUUUGACACUGAUACUCCACUUUCAGCAGGAACCAUUUCUAGAGCUAGAUAAGGGCAUGUGAGCAGAACCUACAGCUGCAGAACCUGAAAUAACAAGAAGAUACUGCUGGUUUUGUCCCCCAAAUUAAAGCUCACUUUUCAAUGCACCUCUAUGUCAGUUUCUGUAGCAUUUGAAAACUCUUUUCUCAGUGUAUAUUAAGAGACUGUUUUCAAAUUAUCCUCUCAAUGCAAGUCAUGAUUAUCUCAUCUAAAACUUUUGUGCAGGUAAACAAUGGGCUGUAAAAAUCUAGGUGAGCAUCUACUGGUAGCAUUUUUUAAGAGGGCUGGGUCACUUGAAUCUAUAUUGUACAUUCUCCAUCACAGAAUUUGCUCCUGUGUCAAACCACUCAGUCAUUUUCACCAGUUCUGAAGAGUCUAGGAAAGUUCCUCUUUUGAGGGGAUUAUUGUUUGCUGUCACUGUUGCCAUUUGACAACUCAGCUGAGUUUAUUUCAAAAAAAGCUGUUUCUAACUCUCAUAGCUGUGAAAAUUUAUCAUGGAAAGGUGACAUGACCCACUACUGACUCAGUGAUGUGAAUCUUCAAAAUAUUUAUUUUGAGAAUUUUGUGCUACCUGCUAAUCUCAGGGAAGAUCUACCUGUGAAAUGUAAUGAUGACAAUUUAUACAUUGUAUUUUAAAAGCAUUUAGAAGCACAAAUCCCAAUGAAUUGCAAGUAAAUUUUUUUCUCCUAAAUUAUCAAAGCACUUGGAAAAAAAAUCUAAUUAGCUAUUUCUCUGCUAAUAAUUCUAAUAGAAAUAUCCAGGUGAUACCACUUCCAAAUAAUCCAAACCUGUCUUAGGCAUUUCCUCUGAGUUUCCAAUUUCUCACUGUAGCUGCAUGUUCUCUUUAGAAAAAUACCCCACAUUGUCCUGAAGUGCUGGUAGGCAUGAAAUAAUCAAUAAAAAGGCCCUACAGUGUUUAAACUUGUAUUUGUUUGACCUAAAACAGUCAUACAGGACCAAUGCACACCACCAGCACAAGUGAGCUUGGUUUACCUCACUGCACGCCUUGGAGCCUACGUAAUUCAGAACCCCCUUGAGGCUGAUCUGGAGUCCUGCUGAAACAGCCUCUUCUGGAGCUUGUGUCUGGCUGAGAAAUGGGCUUAGCAACAGGAAAAAUUUCAGAUGAUAGACUCAAACAACUGUGUUACCUGCAUUUGUGUGCAGAACAUACAACUGCUGUAUUAAGAUUAAAAGGAUUUUAGAGAUCCACCACAGAUUCAUAAAGUAAAAAAAAAAAAAAAAAAAUCUUCUCCACCACAUAAUCAUGAAAAAUAAUCCCAGUGGAAGAAAUCAUUACUUUCUUAAUGUUUGCAGAGUGCUCAGAGAGUAUAAGAUAUCCUAUAAAAGACCAUUUAACUGUACACUUAGGAUCUUUGUAACUUCUAACUAUGCAAACUUCUAUACCUCAAAUGUUAUUUUUCUGUAUCAUUCUGUUGAGUAAAACAGAAGUAGGUAUCUGAAUGACAGGUGCUUUUUGCUUGUUGUCUCACUGGGCCAAACACCAGGAAACUUAAUUCCAAUUUCUGAUAUGAAAGCUAAGAACCCCCACCACAAAGUUACUUCUAGUAGAAAGAAGUUCUCCAUUUUUAGAAAGAAAAAUAUAAACUAAGAGGGGGUAAUGACACCAAGUGAGUUUUGAGGUAAAUUUUAAACUAAAAAUUAAUUCAUAAUCAUAUGUAACUAUUUGUUCUUAAAAAUUUUGCUCCUCUUUAUCAAUUUAUUCUCGCUUAAUUACAACUGCAUGUUACAGAAUCAUCCUAUAAUGAGGAUACCUUUGGAUAGUAACUUUAAAAUAAAAGUUGCAGUAAUAGCUUUA